UUGUGUCUCCUUAGUGUAAUCGUACUGUUUUGACAGACUUUGCAAUCUAACUGGUUUCAACUGGUUUGAAUAUUGAUAUAGUUUUGCUAGUGCUAUUUUAAUUAUCUCAGUUAUGUAGAAAAAAACUUUUUUUUUUUACUAAAUGCAUUUAUUUUUCUUAUGUGCUGAUUUGCCCAGUACCCUCCAUUCCUUUGUCCGGGAGAAAGCAGCAUGUAUGGCAGGCCGGAAAAGAGCUGGGAUCCACAGGGCUGAAAAUUUUGCAAACAACAAGCAAAAUAUGUCUCCAACAAUCACCAGCCCCUUAACAAGUUCGGAUGAUGCCAAAGAACAACUCAUAGAAGAAUGCGAAGAAAUGUGGAGAGUGAUAGAAGAGUGUCAGAAUAAAUUAGCACUUCAAGAAACAGAAACUCUUCCGGAUUCAGAUCCCAAGCUUCCAUUGUUAAUGAAACGUUUAAAGACUCAAACGGCAGAAUUUAACCAAUGGCAAAAGAAAGAACCUGGAGUGAUUACUACAAAUCCAGAGGUUCUGGUAACCUUAGGAAGAGACCAGUUGCAGAAAUUAGACCAGGAACUUGAGAUGGUGCUAUCAUCAGUUCAGGCAAGGAAUAAAAACCUGAAGCAAAACUUGCUAAGGGAACAACAGUGGUUGGAAGAACAUCAACGAUUAAUAGACGAUCUCAAUCAAAUUGAGGAAGAACUCAGCAAUGAAAUUGUAAACCUUUCUGAGAAAAGAGUAUUUCAAGAAUUGGAAACCAAAACACUGACAGUUACAGCUUGUAAGGAUAAGAUGCUGACGGCCCUGGGAGAGUUCCUUGAAGAACAUUUCCCUAUCCCUGAGAAAUGUGAAACUACAAGAAAGAAGAGACGUUCAGAGCCAGAGGUACAGCUAACAACAUUACAUGAAAUUUUAGAGAAUCUUAUAGAAAAACAUGUAAUAGCACCUCAUGAUCCAUAUAUAACAAUCAAUGCUUCAUUUUGGCCACCUUAUGUUGAACUUCUUCUGCGAUAUGGGACUGCAUUAAGACAUCCAGAAGAUCCUGACCGAAUACGGCUAGAAAACUUUGACAAUUAGUGAGAUGUAUUAAGAUUAAGCCAUCGCUUAAUCAGUAAAAUAAAAUGAACAAUAAGGGGUAUAAACAUUAUUUUGCCUCAGAAAAUAUUAGUUAAUGAUUUGUAUCUUUCAUGAUAGUUCUUAACGCUGUGUUUGUAAAAUAUAAACUACAAAACGUAUGUUAGUGUGAGUGUAAAAAAUGCUUCUAAUGUUAUUUUAAAAAUAAUUAUUAGCAAAUAAUGCUUGUAUUCUAAAAGCUGUUCAGAUUGUUAAAAUAAGAUCAGUUCUGAUUAAAUGACCAUUUUAAGUUUA